GGAGAGUGCGAGGAGCCAGGCCAGGCCAGGCCUGCUCUGCUGCGCUCCCUGCAACCAGCAGCGGCAGGAUGGAUGCUGCGCUAUUGUGAAAGGCGACAUUAGGCUGCGCCGAUCAGGAGGCAAUGUUGCCUGGGUAGCUGCGGGCCGGUGGAAGAGGCAUGCAGCCGGCUCGGUGCAGGCUCUCUGCGGCCCCAGAACCAGGAGCGGGAGGCGUUUGCUGGGCCGCCGCCGCCGCCGCCGCCGCGGAGGAGGAGGAGCAGCAGCAGCAGCAGCAGUAGAAGUGGCUGCCAUUUUGGAGAACAAGGCCCUGGAGGGUUUGCCUGACCCCAUUGUUGCUGUGUUUGCUUCACAGGUUGAUGCCCGCCGCACAGGAUGGAUCAGGCCUGCGAAGUGAGCAGGAGGGGCUACCUGCCCCCCUUCGCCAGCCCUUUGGCGUUAGAUGUGCCGGAAAACGGGGACGGCCCUUACGGGGGGGAGGGUCAGAGCCGAAGCCCCGAGCCACCUAAUGGGUGCACCAUGCAGUCAAAGGCUGCUGCUGCUGCCUAUGGCCCAAACCCUUCCCCGUGCUACAUCCCGCUGCGCAGGCUGCAGGAUUUGGCCUCCAUGUUCAGUGCCGAAUAUUUAAAUGGCUCAAAAGAUGGCUCUGAUUGUUUGCAGGAAGUUGAAAGGAGCGACUCCAGCGCCGAGCUCUGCGAUUCUUCAGUGUUAACCGACUCAGAAGACUUCACCCGGCAUGACUCGGCAAGACUCCUGGAUUUUGAUUCCAUCUCUCCUUGCUUGGAGGACGACCCGGAGGUGGAUUCCGAAACAUCAUUCCUAAAAGCAGAUGAAAGCCCAGAAGAGGAAGCUGAGUUUAUGAUGGAGGACAGAGACACCGGCACCUACAGUGAGGAGGGAGAGCCCGAGGAUGGGAUGGAACUGAUUGAGGAGAUCCAAGGAGGACGCUCCAUAGAAAUUAGACACAAUGAGACAAUGUCUACCUUGUUCCCAAUCGGCUUUCCUCGAGAGCAAAUACAAAGUAACACUUGCAAAGAGGCUGCAGUAGGAAAUAGAACUGAAAAACUAGACCUGCGCCCAGUGUCUUAUUUUCCUGGAGAUACAGAUUUAAAAACAGAAAAACAGUGCAGCAUUACGAAGAAGGUAUCUGAAAAAGAAAAUCCAGCCCAAGGUCCCAUCACACUAGGAAACUUGAUAGAAAGGCUUGAAACUUCAAUUACUGCAAAAUCAUCAUCCGCAGCAGCAGCAGCAGCAUUGCCACCUGGUCGAAAUAAGAAGAAACCUGCUCCGGUGAAGUAUGAAACUGGAGACCUUGUAUGGGCAAAGUUCAACAGACGUCCAUGGUGGCCCUGUAAAAUUUCCCAUGAUCCUGUGCUAGACACGCAUUCAAAAAUGAAAGUGUCCAAUCGCAGACCACAUCGAGAAUACUAUGUGGAAGCCUUGGGAGACCCAUCUGAAAGAGCUUGGGUUGUGGGGAAAGCUAUUGUAGUCUUUGAAGGAAGACAUCAGUUUGAAGAACUGCCUGUCCUUCGGAGAAGAGGGAAGCAAAAAGAGAAAGGUUACAAGCACAAGGUUCCUAAGAGGUUUCUGGCAAAAUGGGAGAUCAGUGUUGGCCUUACAAAUGAUUAUUUAAAGCAGAACAGUGCUCAAAAAUACAUCCUGACUUCCAGCAAACCAGACAGUGAGAAGGAUGUGCAUUUAAUGGGAUCUUGUACAAAGGACUCCUUAAAUGAACAGAGCAGACAACUGAAUGGAUGUUUGAAAUCACUAACAUUGGACUCCAAACAUUUGACCCAUGAUAAGGGGAAAGUGUUCACCAAAUCCCGAAACAAGAAGAGCUCCGACACCCGGAGGAGAACUAGAGUAAGAAAAAGUAGCACCAAACUGGAGGCAUCCAAGAGAGAAAGUGGGGGGAAAGGACCAGUAAGCAAAGCUAAAAAUAUGGUUGCUGCAGAUAUGCCAGAGAAGCAGGCUUCUCAUGAACUUUGCAGAAUAGCAAAGAGCCUAAUGGGAUCCAAAGGCAGCAUGGAAAACUACUUGCUCUCUUCUUUUGGAGAAAGACAAUUCGAAAAUAAAUAUAAGAAACCAGGGUUUGAUAAUAGCAGCUGCCAGCAGGAAACAUCCAAAGCGGACAUGAAGAAAAAGAGAAAUCCAGCAGGCUUCACGUGCAGUUCAAAGCUACAGCAGCACUAUUCCAGAACUGAUGCUGGAGCAGAGAGGAAACAAAUAGACUCUGAUUCAUCAGAUAACGGUACCUGUGAUCUAGACUCCCUUGACCAAAGUUUAGCAGCAGCAGCAGCUUAUAGUGUCUUGAAGAAUAGUGACUCUGUAAAUAAAAGUGGAAAAGAACUGUGUUCAGGGCAAAGAGAUAUUAAACAUUCUGCACCUGUCUCAAAAAGCAGCAAUCGAAGCCGCAAACCUCCAGAAGGUUCUCUAGACAGGAAUAUCAAUGUUGAAACAGGAGGUGAGGAAUUCCGUGAGCCAUCCCUUGCAGCUGAGGUGGCUUCAGUUUACAGGAAUGACAAUCUUAUCAAUGUAGAUAAGCACACUACACUCCAAAGUAAGGGGUUUAUAAGUCAAAUGGAUGCAAAACAGCCUCAGUUCAGAAGUAUAAAAUGCAAGCAUAAAGAAACUGCUGCUGGGACAGACUCCUCUCUUAAGGAAGAUGAAUGUAGCCCCGACUGCUGCUUUUCUGCUACCAAAGGUUCUCCUGGGUCUCAGUUAGAUAUGCCUAACAAAAGUGGGAAGGCUGAUGGCCCCAAACUGCUGAACAGCACAAAUGAGAAACCUGGUGAUUCUGCUGAAAUAGAAACGGCAGUUGUGAAACACGUGCUUUCAGAACUGAAGGAGCUGUCGUAUAGGUCCAUGAAUGUUGAAGCGAAAGACUGUGGGCCGCCUAAGACCACAGUGCCCUUACUCUUUUCAUCUGUCUCUGGGCAGAACCAUUUGCCUAUUGAGCCCGAUUAUAAAUUCAGCACCUUAUUAAUGUUGUUGAAAGAUAUGCAUGAUAGUAAGACGAAAGAGAAACAGAUCAUGACUACUCAGAACAUAGUCUCUUAUAGGAGUUCUCACAGCGAUGAUAGUUCUGGAAGUAACACUCCGAGUGAUUUGACAUCUUUGCCUACAAUGGGAACCACUCAUAAAUUAGAAAAAAGCCAAGAUAGUGUUCGAGAACCAGAGUGUCAGAAACCCAAAGAAGGUCAGUCCUCUUUUUCACAUGGUAUCGCAACCAAGUUGAUCGAUCCCGGUGCUAACAAAAGGGAACUCACAAACGCUUCUGUUUCUGGUACAAACUGCACCGCAAGGCGCAGCUGUCCAAAAUCUAAGCAGCUAUCUAAACUAGUAGCUAAUGCAACAUCAAAGAGCAAAACACUAAAGCGGUUGUCUAAUUCAGCUGAGAGUGUGCCCCGCCAGGAUAGAGCGGCCCAAGGCUCAGUUGCUAGUGCUCUAGACAAUGCAAAGGAAGAUGUUGCAAGGAAAGUGUCUUGGGAGUUGAUGGGACACUCCCCUGACGAAGACUCUGCAAGUUCCUCUGAUGACAGUUUAGUUCGUAUAAGAAUGAAGUCAGAAUAUGAUAAAAAGAGAGAGAGCUGCAACUCCUUUGAAAAUGGGGAGUUGGAUUCAGGACUGAAUAGAGAAGGCUCCUUGGGUGAUGAGCCUAGAGAUGUAUGCCACGUAGCGCCCAAAAAGCGAUGGCAGCGUUUUAACCAAAGCAGUGCUAAAGCUGUAGCUCAUUCAGAGAAGAAACGCCUUAGGAAGCCAAGUAAGCGGCUUCUGGAAUAUGCAGAAGAAUAUGAUCACAUAUUUGCACCUAAGAAAAAGAAAAGGAGCCAGGAGCCAUUUCGGAAGGCAAGUACUCUAGAGAAGUCUGAAAUCAAACAGGAUUGCAGCACUGGCAAGCAAGCUCGUAACAAACAUCUAGAAAAGAAGCCUUUGGAUUCAGCUUCGUCUGCUUCUUCGUCUAAAGAGUCUCCUCCCGUUCUUGAAGCUGAGCGGUCUUUGUCAGAUGAGCCCGACUCCCAUGCCAUGGAACCAAGAUCAGAAAUGCCAGUUUUGACAUUGUCAUCACCAAAUGUUUUGGAAGGUGCUGCUGCUGCUUCUCCUUUGCAGGGAGAGAGACAGUUAAUGAAGUCAGGGAGUUUUGAGAGUAAGCGCCAGAGGAAACCAACAAAAAAGCUGUUGGAAUCCAAUGAUUUGGAUACUGCAUUCAUACCAAAGAGAGAGUGGACUUCCAUAAAGAAGUGUUCUGAGGCUGGUCCUUUGGAUACUGAAAUGUCUGAGUUGUACUCCACAUCUCAGCUUCUGGACGCUGGUGAAGCUCCUGAAAAGGUUCCAGGCAAACAGAGAAGGCGAAAGCGGCAACGACGUACUUUUGCCUCAGUGCCAUACAAGAAAGAAAAGGGUGAAGAUGUACUGGGAGAAAAUGCAAACUCUGAGGGAGAUAGGACUAAUCAUGGAACAGCUGGAAGCCCCAAGGAGACUAUUGAGGAAGGGUCUGAAAAUGACCAUGGAGUGCCUUCAUCCAAACGGAUGCAGGGGGAGCGAGGAGGAGGAGCUGCUCUCAAGGAGAACGUGUGUCAGAUCUGUGAAAAGCCAGGUGAAUUGUUGCUCUGUGAAGCCCAGUGCUGUGGAGCUUUCCACCUGCAGUGCCUCGGGCUCUCAGAAAUGCCGAAGGGCAAGUUUAUCUGCACUGAGUGUUCCACAGGAGUCCACACGUGUUUUGUAUGCAAGAACAGUGGAGAAAACGUCAAGCGGUGCUUGCUUCCCUUGUGUGGGAAGUACUAUCAUGAAGAGUGCAUACAGAAGUACCCUCCCACAGUCAUGCAGAACAAGGGCUUUCGCUGCUCACUGCACAUCUGCAUGACUUGCCAUGCAGCCAACCCAGCAAAUGUCUCCGCAUCCAAAGGUCGCUUGAUGCGCUGUGUCCGAUGUCCUGUUGCAUACCACUCGAAUGAUUUCUGCCUCGCUGCUGGGACUGUGAUCCUUGCUUCCAACAGCAUGAUUUGCCCAAAUCAUUUUAGCCCUCGAAGGGGCUGCAGAAACCAUGAGCAUGUAAAUGUCAGCUGGUGCUUUGUUUGUUCAGAAGGUGGAAGCCUUCUGUGCUGUGAAUCCUGCCCUGCCGCAUUCCACAGGGAGUGUCUGAACAUUGACAUGCCAGAGGGGAGCUGGUACUGUAACGACUGCAAAGCUGGCAAGAAGCCACACUACAAGGAGGUGGUCUGGGUUAAAGUGGGACGUUACAGGUGGUGGCCAGCUGAGAUUUGCCACCCUAGGACCAUCCCUGUCAACAUCCAGAAAAUGAAGCAUGUCAUCGGUGAAUUUCCUGUGCUUUUUUUUGGGUCAAAUGAUUACCUUUGGACCCACCAAGCUCGAGUAUUUCCCUAUAUGGAAGGAGAUGUGAGCAGCAAGGACAAGAUGGCAAAGGGAGUUGAUGGCAUUUACAAGAAGGCUCUGCAGGAAGCUGCUGUGAGGUUUGAAGAGCUGAAAACGCAAAAGGAACUGAGGCAGCUACAGGAAGACAAAAAGAAUGAUAAGAAGCCCCCUCCUUACAAACAUAUCAAGGUGAACCGGCCUGUAGGCAAAGUGCAGAUCUUCACUGCAGACUUGUCUGAGAUCCCACGUUGCAACUGCAAGCCGGCUGAUGAAAACCCCUGUGGCCUAGACUCCGAGUGUAUUAAUCGCAUGCUGCUCUAUGAGUGUCACCCUGCUGUCUGCCCUGCUGGGGAACGUUGCCAAAACCAGUGUUUUACCAAAAGGCAGUAUCCUGAAGUGGAAAUAUUCCGCACACUGGCAAGAGGCUGGGGUUUGCAAGCCAAAAGAGACAUUAAAAAGGGUGAGUUUGUCAACGAAUAUGUGGGAGAGCUGAUAGAUGAGGAGGAAUGCCGGGCCAGAAUCCGCUAUGCCCAAGAGCACGAUAUCACCAACUUUUAUAUGCUAACUUUGGACAAGGAUCGAAUAAUUGAUGCUGGACCAAAAGGCAAUUAUGCUCGAUUUAUGAACCAUUGCUGCCAGCCAAAUUGUGAGACACAGAAGUGGUCAGUGAAUGGAGAUACUCGGGUUGGCCUUUUUGCGCUCAUAAAUAUCAAAGCUGGGACUGAGCUGACUUUCAACUACAACCUGGAGUGUUUGGGGAAUGGGAAGACAGUUUGCAAAUGUGGUGCUCCAAACUGCAGUGGUUUCCUUGGAGUAAGACCAAAGAACCAGCCACCUGCCACUGAAGAGAAGUCCAAGAAGUUCAAGAGGCGGCAUGGGAAGCGUAAAUCCCAAGCAGAGAUUAUGAAGGAGCGUGAGGAUGAAUGUUUCAGCUGUGGGGAUGGAGGGCAGCUGGUUUCCUGUAAGAGGCCAGGCUGCCCAAAGGUGUACCAUGCUGACUGCCUCAAUCUGACCAGGCGUCCUGCAGGGAAAUGGGAAUGCCCUUGGCACCAGUGUGACGUGUGCAGCAAAGAGGCAGCUUCCUUCUGCGAGAUGUGCCCCAGGUCCUUUUGCAAGCAGCACCGAGAGGGCAUGCUCUUCAUCUCUAAACUGGACGGACGCCUGUCCUGCACAGAACAUGAUCCAUGCGGACCUAACCCUCUAGAGCCAGGAGAGAUUCGUGAGUAUGCGCCUUCCACAGAAUCGGCAGCUGGCUGCCAAAACACUCAGCCAUCAGACGAGCAGCCUGCGGCUACAGGCCCGAAAUCUCAGCCGUCAGAGAGGCUACCUCUGACUGUGGCCCUGAGGCUGCAACCCUCAGAUAAGCCACCUUCCUCUUCAAUGGCUCUGAGGCUAAAGUCCUCAGACAAGCAGCCUUCCUCUGUCGCGCUGAAGCUGCAGUCCUCAGAUAAAGCACCCUCCACCGUGGCACUGAGGCUACAACCAUCAGACAAGCUGCCCUCCACCCUGUCCCUGAGUUUAAAACCCUCAGACAAAUUGCCCUCCACCCUGUCCCUGAGGUUAAAGCCCUCAGACAAAUUAUCCUCAGCCCUUGCCCUUAGGUUGCAGUCGUCAGAUAAGCCGCUCUCUGCCGUGGCGCUCAGGCUACAUCCCUCAGAAAAAUCGCCCUCCACGGUGGCCCUGAGGUUACAGCCCUCUGAAAAACAGGCUUCUGCUGUUGCCCAGAAGUCACAAUCGUCAGAAAAGCUAUCCUCCACAGUAGCUCAUGAGUCACAGCUAUCAGACAAGCCGGUCACUGGAGAGGCACCAGGACCUCAGGACAAGCCACCUGCUCCGGAGGCAUUGGGACCUCAGACAACAGACAAAAGCUCCACAGUGAAACCCCCAGGAUCCAAGAAGUCAGAACUGUCACCUACUGCAGGCAUACCCAGGUCUCAGAAUUCGGAGGAACCUCCUGUUGCAGAGAUACCAAAGCUCCAGGUGUUGGACAAGCCUGCUGAUCCUGAAUCUCCAAGGCCUCAGCCACUGGACAGGCCCAUUUCUCUUGGCCCAACACCCAAGCCCUCGGGCAAGUCUGUUGCUCCACUGAGCCUACGAUCUCAGCCAGUGGUCAGACCAGUCACCCCCAUAGCCCUGAGGUCUAAACCAUCAGAAAAGCCAGCCACUCCUGUAGUCCCACAGCCACAGCCGCCCAACAGGGUUUCUACCCCAGCAGAUGCUCGGCCCAUGCCAUCAGACAAGCCUUCCACUACCACAGGUCUGAGGCCUCAGCUUCCUUCCCCACUAAGCCUGAGGCCUUUGCUUUCAGAGAAAGCACUGAGGCCUGUUGACCAGAACGCUCAGCCAAAAGAAAGAGGAUCUGUGACUGUGGAGCAGACUCCUCAGCAGAAAGAGCGGACAUCUGUAUCCGAGGAGCAGCCUUGCAGGCCUACAGGGAAAUUUUCGGGCUAUGUUGGGCAAGCAGCCCACCCUCUAGAGAAUUUUCAAAUACACGAACAGACCCCUUGGCAUAGCGCGAAAGGACUGCAAUCGGUGGAGCAAUCGCUUUGGACAGCUGAGAAACUGCAGUCUCCUGAGCACAGUCUUUGCUCAGGCCAAGAAGCCGCAUCUGCACCUUCCACGGAGCAGCCAUUUUGGCCCACAGAUAGAUUGUGUGCAUUUGAACAACCCCUUUGGCCUGCAAGAGAAGCUCCACUGCCUUCUGGACAGGCAUCGUGGCUGCCCAGAAACAUUCAAACGUUGGAGCAGAUCUCGUGGCUCUCUGGGAAAGCACAAACACCUGUGGGGCAGGACAUUUUGCCUUUGUCUGAACAAAACGUGGUGCUAGUACUGAACCAGGAUUCCCCUGGCCAUGAACCUACUGAGUCUAAACCUUAGUGAAGCCAGUUCGAGGCCAGACGGGUCACUAUUUUUGUUUUGUUUGUUUUUUUAUUGUAUGGGGAAGGGUAUUUUGUUUCUUGGGUUGUUUUUUAAAAAAAAAUUCACUUCCCCAGAUCCUUGACCUUCCAACAUCCCACCCAAACUACCCACCUACAUUUACCUAAAUCCGAACGAUGCCCAGCCAAGCAGCAAGAAUGUAGAUGGCUUGUUCCGUCUUCAUUUUGGAAACAAUAAAGCUGAAAUAAAGGAA